AUGAUUUCGCCCAACCGCCUCAUCCUCUUCUUCUUGAUCGGUUGUGCGGUUUCGGCGGCGUCCGAAGCCUCACCAAAACGUUCUCCAUUGGGAACAAUGCGUUUCGGUAAGCGAGCCAGCCUGGACGACGUGUUGGCGUUCGAGGAAGAAUAUCCAGGUGUCCUGUGGAAACGAUCCACGGUUGACUCGGAACCCGUGAUCCGUGAUCAACGAACCCCGCUGGGAACCAUGCGUUUCGGGAAGCGGAGUGCUGAACCAUUCGGCACAAUGCGAUUCGGCAAACGUGACUCCGAGAUUGACGCUCCCUUUGGAACAAUGAGAUUCGGAAAGCGUGAGACUGUAGAUGCUCCGUUCGGAACUAUGAGAUUCGGUAAGCGAGCUGCUGAGGAUGCUCCGUUCGGAACUAUGAGAUUCGGGAAGAGAGAUCCAGAUGAGCCCCUUGGAACAAUGCGUUUUGGAAAACGAUCUGCCGAUGAUACUGGUGCUCCAUUCGGAACCAUGCGCUUCGGAAAGAGGAACACACUUGGAACCAUGCGCUUUGGAAAAUAA